GGCAGUUGCAAUGUGAUGAGGAGACCGAGAUUCUUAUGGAAUUAGAGGCAGUACCAGAAUCUUUGGACGGUGGCAUACCAAGUGAUGUAAAAGUGAUUGCAGUAGCAGUAGAUAACAAUGAUGGACCGAUGCUAUUCGCUGAAAACGUAGGAGAUGAAAUUAUUCCAGUUGUUGACAAAGAAUACGAAAAAAAUGAUACUUUGGAAAGUUGUAGUAGUGAUAGUAAGCACCCUAUUGCCAAUACUGUCCUAACAGAGUAUCAUUCAGACUUGAAUUACCAAACCGAAACAUGUAGUAGUUCCAAUGAAUCUGUAUCUUCUGCAGCUACUAUUGAAAAAAAAGGAAGAAAACGUUCCAGAAACUGUAAAAAAUGGAAGAACAACAUCAGAAAAACAAAGAAAGCAGCAGGCGAGGAAUAUGUGUCAGCAAAACAGAAAGUAAUUCCCGCAAAAAGUAUGAAACUACCCUGUGGUGUUGAUUGUAAGAAAGAAGAAGUGCACUCUAAAUAUCUCAUCUGA